CGUCCAUCGCCAUCGCCAUCUAGGUACCUGACAGCGGCGCACCGGAGAUGCUCAUGUGUCCCACCGGCCACCGCGCGACAUGCACACCCUCCCGAUUAGUCUGAACCAGACAAAAAAUGCCUCUUUUUUCCGUGAAAAAUUAUUGUUUUUUUCUCCUGCUCGCGGCUCGCCGCUUCUCUACCUCCCGUCUCGUCUGCCCGUCUCCUCCUCCUCUUUGUUACCUCCGCCGCCGCUCGCCGGAAGGGAAUCCCACUCCACCAUCGCUGCUCCCGUCUCGCUGCCAUUUCCAACCAACGCCCACUCUGAGGCCUCACCUUGCUGCUAUGCCUCUCCAGCCGCUCGCCGGAGCACAACGCCACAGAGCCAGAAGCACAGCCUAGUACCUUGCCCCAACACCGAUGGCGUCCGACCACCCCUUCGAGGACCUCCUCGCCGCCGCCUGUGGCGCCCUCGCCCAUCUACACCUUCACAUCCACAUCCCCGGAUCCAAUUCCAGUCCCAAUCCCAGCCCCAAACAGCAGAAGCAGCAGCAGCAGCGCGAGCCUGACUGCCUCCUGCACCUCCACGUCCUCGUCACCAACUUCCUCCACAAGCCCCUCAGGUCAUUCGCCAGAUGCUUCCGCAGCGACACCAAACGCGACAGGCGGCGGGGAAGCAAACACUCCCCGCCGCUCCGGGAGCUGGGCAAUGGAGCCAGCCCACAGCAGCAGCUGGAGCUCCUGCUCUGCAUUGCCUUUGACGCCUUUGCCCACAACCUGCUCAUGCUGGAGGACGCCUGCAAGCAGAAAGGCGACGAAUUUGGUCACGCCACCCGAAAACUCGAUAAUUUUGAGAUUCUCAGGAAGGUAAUCGACGGGAAGAAGGCCGAUUUCGAUGGCUUCCUUUCCAACCUGGGGUUCGCAAAGGUCGGGACGCCGCCUCCGCCAGCAAGCAUCAUGGGUGCCUCCCCUACCCCAGCACCGGCGCCGGUCAGCGACCACGAGGAUGGCGGUGGAAUUGGGGACAAGGAGGGGGUGGACAGUGGCAGUGGUACACCACAGCUGCCACAGAGAUUGGCUGCUCGGCUGCUUGACCUCCCGUUGUCAAAUGUGGAGCGGCUGCGGUCAACACUGCCCACAGUUUCACUGACGGAGUUGAUGGAGUUACUUCCACAGCUGGUAGGCAGAUCAUCAACAUCGGCAGAUGGACAUCCAGACAAGAAGAAGCUUUUCUCCGUGCAGGACUUCUUCAGAUAUGCAGAAAUUGAAGGAAAGCGAUUCUUUGAAGAGUUGGAUAGAGAUGGUGAUGGCCAAGUUACUCUAGAAGAUCUUGAAAUUGCAAUGAGGAAGAGGCGGCUACCAAGGAGGUACGCCCGGGACUUCUUACAGCGUACCAGAAGCAACUUAUUUUCGAAAUCAAUUGGGUGGAAGCAAUUUUUAUCCUUGAUGGAACAGAAGGAGCCAACCAUUCUCCGAGCUUAUACCACACUGUGUUUGAGCAAGUCUGGAACACUUCACAAGAAUCAAAUCUUGACAUCCUUAAGAAGUGCAGGCCUUCCAUCCAAUGAAGAUAAUGCCUCUGCCAUGCUACGGUAUCUAAAUGCAGAUUCAGAAGGAUCGAUCUCAUAUGGCCAUUUCCGCAACUUCAUGCUUCUACUUCCUACAGAACGACUUGAGGAUGAUCCUCGGAACAUUUGGUUUGAAGCUGCUACUGUUGUUGCUGUUCCCCCACCUGUAGAAAUAUCCACAGGAAGUGUUUUGAAGUCUGCUUUGGCUGGAGGUCUUGCUAGUGCACUUUCUACCUCUCUAAUGCAUCCUAUUGAUUCAAUGAAGACACGUGUCCAAGCAUCUACGCUCUCAUUUCCAGAUCUCAUUUCAAAGCUUCCACAAAUUGGGCUUCAAGGAUUGUAUCGAGGUUCUAUCCCAGCAAUUCUCGGCCAGUUUUCCAGCCAUGGUUUGAGGACAGGAAUCUUUGAAGCAAGCAAGCUUGUAUUAAUUAAUGUCGCUCCAACUCUUCCAGAUAUUCAGGUGCAAUCGUUGGCUUCCUUCUGCAGCACAGUCCUGGGGACGGCAGUCCGUAUCCCUUGUGAGGUUCUUAAGCAGCGUUUGCAGGCUGGAAUCUUCAACAAUGUACAGGAGGCUAUUGUUGGCACCAUGAGACAAGAUGGCCCAAAAGGCUUUUUUCGCGGCACUGGGGCCACUCUUUGUCGUGAGGUUCCUUUCUAUGUUGCUGGAAUGUGCCUUUAUGCAGAAGCUAAAAAGGCAGCACAACAUGUUGUGAAGAGAGACUUGGAACCGUGGGAAACUGUAGCAGUUGGAGCAUUGUCUGGAGGACUUGCAGCAGUUGUCACCACUCCCUUCGACGUGAUGAAGACUCGGAUGAUGACUGCCCCUCCAGGCACGCCAGUGUCCAUGCAGAUGAUAGUCUUCUCCAUCCUCCGAAACGAGGGCCCUCUUGGGCUCUUCAAGGGUGCGAUCCCCCGCUUCUUCUGGAUUGCUCCUCUUGGAGCAAUGAACUUUGCAGGAUAUGAGCUCGCCAAGAAGGCGAUGAUCAAAGAUGAGGAUGAUUCCAGAGAGUCGAUACGUGAGAAGAAAGCCACAGUAGGUUCCAGAGGAUGAUAGGUCUAUUCACCUGGUUAAGAUCUAUGGUGCAAAGAAACAGAAGUCGUGCAACAGAAGUUUUUCCGCCCUUGUUGCAAAGAAGCAAUAGAAUCAUCUGCUGUUCCUUCUUGAUACUUGUAUCAAAUUGUAGGUUGUCCUACUUUUCCCUGCUGAGGAAAAUUUGCCGAAUUUCCAUUUCCGUAGGCCAUCAGAUCGAUGUAUAGUAUAGUAUAUGAUAAAAGGAUUACAGGGUACAGGCAGGAGUAAACAUGCUGGAGCUGUUCUUCUUUCCUGCACAGCUCGCUUCUUGUCUGUUGUUAAACGAUCCAUAGCCUUGUUCCCAUGGGCUUUUGUUGUUUUACCCUGAUGCCAUUAGGCUCUGACCUGGACUAAGCGAGGAGCUACAGAUUGUUUUGGUGUUUGAGAUA